CAGCGAGCCACCGAGGGAAGGGGAAUGUAGUGACUGCGGGCGGGGGCCUCAGGGAAAGGGCGGGGCUCGGGUGUUCCGUUUUGAACGAUUAGAAAGUUGUCAACCAAAUCCCCCAACCGAGAUUGGAGUCCCGUUGUGCCAAGCGCUGCCCAGAACCGCUCCCCCAACAGAGAUGAGGGAACCCAAGCGCCAGAUACUACCCAGACGCACCCCUCAACCGAGUUCCUGGCCCCCGUUGUGCCAGAUGCUGCCCAGACCCCCUGCACUUGUAAGAUUCUAUCGAUCUGCGGCAAGCCCUUCGCUCUGGAGCGCCCCAUGGAAGCUCUCUGGGCGCUGCCGUGUGCGACCCUCUGUGCUCGGGGCAUGGCCCUCAUCACGGGUGCAGCGAGGUGUGGGGUGGCUGGAAAGUGCAGGGCGGGGCUCAGCCCGGGGCGCUGCAUUCCCCGCCUCCUCCGCUCCCGCUUGGCCUCCGUCCCAAGCCAGCCGGUGAAUAAGCAGAGGUCACCCAGCCAGCUCCCCGCGACCGAGAACUCCCAGCUGCACCGUCGGGACGGGCUCCCCAGAUUAUCCGCCCCUUGGAGUCAGGAGCAACUUCAUUGCCUGGGGGCAGCCCGGCCCCCAGCCCAUCCCUGAUGGCCGUCUACAAAGUCCAGGUGUCCACAGGCCAGGGCGCCCUGGCUGGCACUUUUGACACCAUCUCCAUCACCCUGGCGGGCAUCGACGGGGAAAGCACCAAGCAUGUGCUGGACCAAUACGGGUUGGACUUUCAGUCAGGAUCAGUACGGGAGUACGAGGUGCCCAGUGAGCGAGCCCUGGGGCCGAUCGUACUGAUCCGGCUCCACAAGGAACCCUAUUCCGUUUUCCCCGAGAGCAUGUGGCACUGCAACACGGUCCGGGUGACGUCUCCCUCACGGAGGGAGGAGCAAGGGGUAGGCUGGCAGCAGAUGGUGCAGUAG